AUGAAUCUGUUCGAUCCGUGUAAAGUUCCUACAGGACGCUCUUAUUUUACGCAUGAUGAUCGAGCUACAAAAUCAGUGCGCAUAUCUCGGUCAAGAUACUCGGCUUUUACUGAUAGUGGUUGGCAAUCGCUACCAGUUGGUUGGCGCAAUGUUCGAAAGGCGCGUAGGGGCGAUGAUGUUCUUCACGAUGACAUUCAUGGUUCCUAUCAUAAAAAGCACCCUGAAAGAAAUCCAGCUGAUGAAGUAUGGAAACAUGAUAUGUUUGAAUGUGAAGAAAGUGAAGGAGCUGAGGUUGCACAUGUUCGGGAUCAAUUAUAG